CUCUUUUGUUAUUUAGGCAUGUGUAAGAUAUUCUCCCUAUAUUUUAUAACAGAUAGGUAUGAGGGUAGGUAUAGGUAUCACACCUGUGGGCGGUUGAAAGAAAUAAAAAUGACCGGCCACGAUGCCAAAUUCGCAGGUGUGGCAACGCCGUCGAAGACACUAACGUCCCAUCCAUCCCCAGUCCGUUAUUCAACAGUCAACGCAACGAAAUAUAUAACGAUAUUGUGAAUGCGUUGAGCGGUGAUAGUUUCAUAGUACCUAUAUCGGCAAUCAUGGCGGCGAUACACGUCUUGUUGGUUUUAGUGACAGUGAUAGUGCAACAAAUUUAUGCUCAAAGAUCACCAACGAUAUCAUAUAUAACCCAAACACAGAUCAAAGACAUUGGAGGAACAGUAGAACUUCUUUGCUCUGUGCAAUAUACUCAGGAUUAUUCUGUGAUAUGGAUGAAAGUAGAAAGAGGACAAACAGCAUACAGUUUACCAAUUUCAACUGGAAGUUCACUGAUUUUGCACGAUUCUAGGUUCUCCCUUCGUCAUGAUCCUAGCAGUUCAACGUUUCUUCUACAAAUCAAAGACAUUCAAGAAACCGACGCAGGUUUCUACCAAUGUCAAAUCCUCAUUUCACCUAGCAACAGGGUGACAGCUGAGGUAGAGCUGCAAGUAAGGAGACCGCCUUUCAUUUCUGAUAACUCCACAAGAUCUGUGGUGGUAUCUGAAGGAGAAGCUGUAGAGAUGGAAUGUUACGCUGGUGGAUACCCGCCGCCAAGAAUUUCUUGGAGACGUGAAAAUAAUGCUAUAUUGCCUACUGGCGGGUCUAUUUACAGAGGAAACAUCCUCAAAAUCAAGGCUAUUCGCAAAGAAGAUAGAGGAACUUACUAUUGCGUAGCUGAAAAUGGUGUCGGCAGAGGCACUAAACGAAACAUUGCCGUAGAAGUUGAAUUCGCUCCUGUAGUAUCAGUACCCCGUCCUCGUCUUGGACAAGCCCUCCAAUUUGACAUGGACUUGGAAUGCCACGUGGAAGCUUAUCCACCACCAGCUAUCACAUGGGAAAAAGACGACAUUACCUUGUCAAAUAAUCAGCACUAUAGAAUAUCACAUUUUGCGGUAGCUGAUGAGUUCACGGACACAACUUUGAGGGUGAUUACUGUGGAAAAAAGGCAGUACGGACAGUAUGUCUGUAAGGCCGCCAAUAAAUUGGGUUCGGCCGAAGGGAGGGUGGAGCUGUUUGAAACCAUCAUUCCUGUUUGCCCUCCUGCCUGUGGUUCUGCUAGGUAUGCAGGCGCUGCUACUGUUUCAACUAGUACGGCUGCAAUUUUAAUUAUGUUCGUCAUAUUUGUGUUUAGAAACUUCCGAGCCCAACACUAAUUACCCUGGUCUAAUAUGGAUUAAUUCAGCUAUCAAGAAUCUCCCAGCAGCUUUUGCAACACUUUUAAUCACCGCAGUUUUGCUAAUCAACAACUAAAGUCACAAAAAAGAGAUCAUAUUCCAAAUAAUCAUAUUUAAAGGAACUAAUUAUUUUAUAGACAUAUUUGUAUUGUGUAAAUGUAUAACUACUGCAAAGAAAAUCAUGACUUAAGGUGUCUUAAAAUUAAAUUAAAAUAAUUUUAUACUCAAAGCAAUAAUAUAUUUUUAUGUAUAAAUACGACACUGGAAGUUGGUCCAAUAAGUAGAUUAUUAUUUUGUCAAUAUGUCUAUGUACGACUGCAUUUUACCAAAAAAGCUGCUUACUAGUGAUCAAAUGAAUCGAAUACUUAAAUGGUGCAUUUUUUAAAUUAUAUUAAGGAAACGGUGUCUAUUUUUUUAUUGACAUUUUUAGGGAUCUUAAAUAAUGACAUAUUUAUACCUAUGCAUAAAUAUCUCAUUAGGUAUCUCAUAAUAAUGACAGAUUCCACAAAAAAAAUCUCAAUAAAAAUAUAGCUUUAGCUUUUUACACAAUUUUUAUACAACUUUAUACAUUUUAUAUAAAAGACUUUUGCACAUUUUUUAUUUUUAUAGAACAAAAUAAAACCAACAUUUUAACAAGUAGGCAUAAAACUUGUCAAUACAACGAUAAAAGUGUAUAUUUUAUUUCUAUGGAUAAUUUUGCAUGCUAGUUGAAAUUUACUUACCAAAAAAUGUUCUAUCACAACACAUUCGGUAUUUUAAACACAUAACUAUAACUGCGUAUUUAAUUUAUAUGUAGGUAAUCAUGACCAUGGUGUAACAACAAUUUUAGUGUUAAGCGGAUCCAUGAUACAAGACAAAUUAUGUCAUAACGUUUGUCAUUUGUUGAUAGUAAGGGCGGCUCCAGGGGAGAGAUUAAAAUUUUUAUGCUCCAUGAGCCUUUUAUUAAAAAAAUAUGCUAAAAAAGGAAUUAUUGGCAAUACCGCCCCCAUCCCUGAAAAUUGGCACUUUGUUGAUAAAUAAUUAAGAGUGAUCCACAAUGUUUCUAAAGUAGGCCAUGACCAACAAAGAGACAGUACAUGUCCGCAUAGCUCUGAAUUAAAUCCAAACUAACACUUAUAAACAAGAAUUGUUGGCUCCUACAUCCAUGAUUUUUUCCAAGGCAUACUUUAGAAAUAUUUUUUGGGGAUCACUCCAUGUUACUGACUUGUCUUUGUAGGGUUUCAAAAACUGUUGACACAAACGAUUUAAAGGGUAAAAACGAAUAUUUUCUCGUGAGAUAAGUUUCAAUAUAAAAUCAAUUGUACAUAUUUUGAAUUAAGUAGUUAGAUGGCCUAAGAAAACAUAUUUUUAUGACUUGUGUACUAUAGAUAGGUUAUUUUUAGUUUGAUUUUUCUGAAUAAUCAAUUUAAACUCUCUAUGCGAUGUGUUUUUGUAUGUUUGAAAUGUUAUUUAUCAUAAUUAAUUACUACCUUUUAAAAAUUAAAUCAUUGACGUAUGUCACUAUUGUCAAAGCUGCCACGCUUUCGUAAUUUUGCAAGUUACAAAAAUUAUUUUUUAUAUGUUUAGGGAGUUUUGGUGAAAUUAAUUUAACAAAUGUAUACUGUGCUACUAUUCGUUACUAGAUGAAGUUAGUAUAAAGUAUCACAGAUAAAUGAGAUUUAUUCUCGAACAUUAAUAAUUUUACAAAUACUAUUUUGAUACUACAUUUAUCUGACCAACUUGUUUCAAUAUGAAUGUUUGACCAAAACUGCUUUUAAACCGGGUGGUUUGUUUGAAAAUUGUGGGUUUUUCUAGUAGUUAUUUGAGAUUGAUUUUAAUAAAACAAACAUUCCUCUUUAUAGACUGGUUAUAUGGUUGUUUUUACAAAGCUCUGAUUUUAUUAGUCUGUGUAUCAUUCGUCCAUUUUUUUGUUUUUUAAUAAAGAUUUAAUUUUUAAG